UUCCAGUUUGCCUGUGUAUCCUGGCCUGAAUCCCUAAGAGCAUGCUGGGUCAUAUGCUGCACGAACCUGUCACUUUGCUAGCGUAGACGGUCUUAGGAUGAGGCCUUUGCUAUGGCUGAUGACCCCUUGGAAGGCUUCCAUGAAGUGAACCUUGCUUCACCUACCUCUCCGGACCUUCUUGGUGUGUGUGACCCAGGAACCCUAGAGCAGACGACCUCCCCGAGCGUCAUCUAUCGGCCACACCCUUCGUCUUUAUGCUCUGCUCCUCUCCAGGCUAACGCCUUAGAUCUUUCUGAUCUUCCCACACAACCUGUGUACUCAUCUCCUAGGCGUUUAAACUGUUCGGAGAUACCUAACAUCAGCGUCCAUGUUCCGGACCCGGCCUCGUCUGUCCCCUCUGGAGUGGCAGUGGGACUCAUCAAGUUAACUUCAAGGAAGGACAGCUGUAAUGCCGAGCGGGAGUUUUUGCAGGGCGCCACCGUCACAGAGGCUCCCGCCGGCAGCGAUGAUAUCUUUGGGCUGAGUACGGAUAGCCUGUCGCGUUUACGAAGCCCAUCUGUUCUGGAAGUUAGAGAAAAGGGCUACGAAAGGUUAAAAGAAGAACUGGCGAAAGCCCAGAGGGAAUUGAAGUUAAAAGAUGAAGAAUGUGAGAGGCUCUCGAAAGUGCGAGAUCAACUCGGGCAGGAGCUGGAAGAACUCACAGCUAGUCUGUUUGAGGAAGCCCACAAGAUGGUGAGGGAAGCGAAUGUCAAGCAGGCCACGGCGGAAAAGCAGCUGAAGGAAGCCCAAGGAAAAAUUGACGUACUUCAAGCCGAGGUGGCCGCCCUGAAGACACUCGUGCUGUCCAGCUCUCCAACGUCACCGACCCAGGAGCCCCUGGCGGCUGGAAAGACCCCUUUCAAAAGGGGGCACACCAGGAAUAAAAGUACCAGCAGUGCCAUGAGUGGCAGCCACCAGGACCUCAGUGUGAUCCAGCCACUUGUGAAAGACUGCAAAGAGGCCGAUUUAUCUCUGUAUAAUGAAUUCAGAUCUUGGAAGGACGAGCCCACGAUGGACAGAACAUGCCCUUUUUUAGACAAAAUCUAUCAGGAAGAUAUCUUUCCAUGCUUAACAUUCGCAAAAAGUGAGCUGGCUUCAGCUGUCCUGGAGGCCGUGGAGAACAACACUCUAAGCAUCGAGCCCGUGGGGCUGCAGCCCAUCCGAUUCGUGAAGGCUUCUGCUGUGGAAUGUGGAGGACCAAAAAAAUGUGCUCUCACUGGCCAGAGUAAGUCCUGUAAGCACAGAAUUAAACUAGGGGACUCAAGCAACUAUUACUAUAUUUCUCCUUUUUGCAGAUACAGGAUCACUUCUGUGUGUAACUUUUUCACGUACAUUCGAUACAUUCAGCAGGGACUCGUGAAACAGCAGGAUGUUGACCAGAUGUUUUGGGAAGUUAUGCAGUUGAGGAAGGAGAUGUCGUUGGCAAAGCUGGGAUAUUUCAAAGAGGAACUCUGACGCCCUGCAUGGGGCCAUGUGUGCUCCUCCCUGGACAACUGAAGAAUGGCGGGACAUUGUUAUGGUUAAUAUUUAUUUCCGAGGAGAGGACCCAAGACUGACGUCCUCUUGCACAUCACACUAAGAAGCGCUGUGAUUUCUUUGAGAGCGACUGAGCUGUACUUACUUAUCCCUUAAUGGAACACACUAUGAAGAGUUGCAGGUGUGCUAGUGAUGGUAACUCAACACUGCAAAUCAAAAGCACCAAAUAAAUAUCAGACUGAG